CACACGAACAGCAAUGCUGCAGGCCGACGAUGAGGAUGACGCUAUGGACCAGCAGAUGAAGAGUCCCUUCGGCUCGUCCUUCAGAACCUUCGACGCUACGGACUACAAACCCAUCGCCACCGUGGACGUGAAGAGGAACAUCUUCGACCUGUGCACCGACACCAAAGACUGCUACCUGGCUGUCAUUGAGAAUCAGGACACAGUGAGCCUCGAUACGGUGUGUCGCCUGUACGAGGUGGGACGACACAAACUGGCAGAAGAGGGAGACGACGACGAUCAGGAUGAAGACCAGGACGAUGAUGAUUCCUCGGACUCUGACGAUGACGACGACGACGAUGAUGACGAUGACGAUAUGGACACGGACCCGCUCAUUGAGGAACUGGCCAAUAACGACGACCAGGAAAAUGAGGACGGGACCAACUCUCCCACGGACGAAGAGAUCGCAGAUCUUCUCGGCAGCAACAGCGACGACGACAACAGCGGCGAUGAUGACGAUGAAUCGGAAGACUCGGACCAUUCGGACGGAAGCGACGACGGAUCGGAUUUUGACCCCGACACGUCAAAUUACUACCCAGAGCAGUCCGACGAUGACGUUCAGAUCCUCCGGGCCCUCAGCGACAGAUGGUUCUCCUGACCGAGGGACUGGACCCCAAUGUGAACCCCAACCAGGACUUUGUUUCCCCCUCUCUCUUUUAAAGCGUCAGUUAAUCAGGCAAGUUGACGUCACAUCAACGUCCCGGAGGACAACGGAAGAAUCUGUGAUAUUGUCUCACUAUCUUGAAGUUCAGAGAGACCGCAGUGAUGAAUAAUAAAUAUUUCCCAAAGACUCGGAUGAACACUGACCUGGCUUCCUGCUUUGUUUCAGUCGGAGAGAGAAUCUGUGAAUGAGGUUUUUACUGGUCUCU